UUAGCAGUAAAAUAUUUAAAAAUCGAUUACUUAUCGGCUGGCAACACUGCGUUGCCAGGGCCACCGAAAACAGUGUGCACAGUGUGUAUUGAUUGUGUGUGUGUGCGUUUCGUGCGGCCGUGUGUGAGUGUCACUGACUGAUAUUUGACAAAUGAUAGCAAUGGACGAGCAGCGCGGCGACAAGAUCUACGGCGGAUGCGAGGGUCCGGACGCCAUGUACGUGAAGCUGAUUUCGUCGGACGGCCACGAAUUUGUCGUCAAACGCGAGCACGCUCUCACCUCCGGCACAAUCCGGGCGAUGUUGUCCGGACCGGGUCAGUUUGCCGAGAACGAGGCCAACGAGGUGCAUUUCCGGGAGAUACCAUCCCACGUCCUACAAAAGGUCUGCAUGUACUUCACCUAUAAAGUGCGUUACACCAACAGUUCUACCGAAAUACCCGAAUUCCCGAUCGCCCCGGAGAUCGCAUUAGAACUUUUGAUGGCGGCUAAUUUCCUAGACUGCUAAAUAAUAUUGGUUAAUUUGAAUUUACAUUAUUUACAAGUGAACGAAUGAGGGCUAGACCGCGUAAAGCGUAAUUCGCCCAUGUUAAUUUGUAAUGAAACGAGAAGAUUGUCCCUGCGAGAAAAUAAAUUUCUGUUGAUUUCCUAAA